AUGCGGGCGAGCGCGGGUCCGCGACGCGUGUGUCUGUUGCAGGAGGCCACGCUGGCGGCGGCGGCAGCGGCGGCGGCGGCCGCGGCGGCAGCGGCAGCGGAGGGCCGCUUCGGCCCCGCUUGCGCGGUGGCGGCGGCGCGGCGGCGCUGCUCGGCUGAGCUGCAGAUAAGUACGCGCGCGUCCACGCCCUUCCAGUUCCCGUUCUCGCCCUUUGCCGGCGGCUAUCCGCACCCACCUUCGGCGACCCCAACGACGCCGGCCGGCGCCCGCCUGCUCCAUUCCUGGGGCUGCUGCAGCGCCAGGGGCUGCUGGCGCCGCGGCGUCGCCGCUCUCCGACGACAGCGCCGCUCGUCGUCGGGCCCCGCGCCGGCCGCCUUCCCUGCGCCCCAUCUGCCUGGCGGCCUUCCCGUCCGCCUGGCUGCUGGAGCAGCACUCGAGCCUGCAGCAUGCGGCGCCGGGUCCCGGGGUGGCGGGGGCGGGGCGAGGACGGCGGCGGGAGGACCCGCCCCCGGCGACGAGAGGAAACCCUUCAAGUGCGAACAAUGCGGCCAGAGCUACCGCUACCGCUCGGCCUACCUCAAGCACCGCGAGCAGAACCACCGGCGCGUCUGCCGGCGACAAGCUCGUGCCCGUCUCCAAAAGCGAACAGCACAAUUUCUACAAGUUCUCCGUGACGACUACUACUACGGCGGGCUAGAGAGCCAAGGGCACCAAGACGGAACGCGCGUCGGACGGCGAGCAGGGACGAAACCAUCGACUCGCUGGCGUUCGCCGCUGUCGGGCAGGCGGCGGCGCGGGCGCCGGGAGCAGCGGGGCGGGGCGGGAGCGGGGCCGCGGGGCGGCUGCCGCGUCUGCGGCGCAGCGGCCAGCGCCGCGGCGGCCGCGCACGAGGCGGCGGCGCUGCGCAGCGCGCAGGGAGGCGUCGCUCAUCAACUUUCUGCGCCUGGACGCGGCGGAGCGCCAGCGCGAGCGCCGCUUCGCCUGCCCGUUCUGCGGCAAGUGCGUGCGCUCCAAGGAGAACCUGAAGCUGCACCGUGCGCAAGCACACGUACGAGCGGCCCUUCGUGUGCUUGUUCUGCGGGCGCGCCUCGCGGCAAGUCCGACCUGACGCGCCACCUGCGCAUCCACACGGCGAGCGGCCCUACCACUGCCGAGAUGGCGGCAAGUGCUUCGCACGCGCCGAACUACCUCUCCAAGCACCUCACCACGCACAUCCACAACGACCCGAUGAGGCGCGGCCGCCCGCCCCGGCCCCGCCGCCGCCCCGCCGCUGCCGGCCUCUGCCGCCGCCGCCGUCCCCUCGCCGCCCGUCGCCCCGCCCCCGCCCCCGCUCACACCCUGCCUCCCCCGCCUCGCCCUCUUCCACUCCUUCACCCGCGCCCCCUCCCGCCCACGCCGCGCCGCCACCGGCCCCGCGCUAACCGCGAGGAGCCACCCCCCUCCCCGGACGUAGUCUCCACACGUACUUAA